AUGUCUGUAAAUCACGGUGAGUGUGAGCAAGAAGAAGAGAGUGUUGCAAUCAAAAAAAGGAAAAUAAAAAAUUACGCGGCGACUGGCGACGGUCAAAAAAAAGAAAUAAAUAAAAGAGCAUUCACAAUUGGCGCCAACAGAGCCGCACGGAUAAGCAACAACAAAUGGAACAUGUUGAUGCUGCCGUUGCUGGAAUACAACAAACACAUAGCAAAAAUACCAAAUUGCAAAAUGAGGUCAUCGCCGCUUAGAUUAUCGAUGCUGCAUUUGCUCCUGCUCCUCUUGAUGCUCCUCGGUGCGGCAGCAACCAGCAGCAGCAGUGGCAGUGGCAACAGCAAUGGACCAUCACCAUCAGCUGGUGCAGCAGGAGGUGCAAGUGCAGCAAGUGGAGCUGGAGGUGGCGGUGGCGGUGGUGCAGCAGCAGCUGGGCCAGGAUUGCCGCCUGGCGCCCUCAAUGCCAAUCUCACGGAUCUGGGCAGUCCCGGUGUGUAUAAUUCGACAAAAUGGUUUAAUGCUAAUUACAUGUAGAGCAACAGCAACAGCAGCAGCUCUGCUUCCCUAACUCUUAAAUGUUGAGGUGACGCCGCCAUUUUAGCCCCAAUUAAAUACAUAUACACAAAAGCAGAGAAGAGUUUAUGUGUGUGAGUGUGGUUGAAAUUUCUUGUGCGCAUUUCCGACUUCCGCUUCCGCUUGCGUUCUGUUCUGUUGGCUGGGCAAAAAACUAUUAGCCACUUUUAGCUAAAUAACCACGCCCAACCGCCCCACUCGGCUCUUAUAUACUUAACACUCACACACUCUCUCAGGCAAAACACACACACACUAAGCAUCAAUUAACCCAAUUUUCAGAAUCCAUUUUCACCUGACUCGGGUCCGUGUACUCUGCUGAGCUUUAGCUUCAGCUUUUCUCUAUAUUUUUCUUUUAUGUUUUCUUUUAUUUUCUGCUGCAACUCCCUCCCUCUUCCUCUCUCUUUUAACCUUUUCAAAAUACAUUUUAGCACUCUUUUUUCUGCAUACCCUGCACACGUUUGCUGUGCUCCUAAGAGGUAUGCUUCAGUUAUCCAACUUCAAUACUGAGUAUCUGCUAGUCGUUGCAGUGUGACUUCACUUUAUUAGCAACUCCCCAAUGGCGGCGUCGUCGUCGUUCAACAAAUCCCCAAUACACACACCUCCCCAUUACAUACAUACAUAAUGUGGCUCGCCUGAUUCCGGCAGCUUCCUUUGGUAUUUUCUCUUCUGUUCUGUUUAUCUUUCACAGGCGCUGUGACUUGCUUUUGUUGUAGUUUGGUUUUGGUUUGGAUGGAAUACUGGAUUCUCGAUUCUGGAUAUUGGAGGAGCAGCCGAAUAAUAAUUAUAAUAAUUAAUCUAUUGAUUUUAAUUUACAGCUUAUUGAAUAAUUCACAUAAAUAACCAUAACAUAUAUAUGUAUAUUUUUCAGCAUUAUAUAUUUUAAAUAUGCGUAGGCAAAAAUUUCUUAUUUUCCAGCUCACAGCCUGCUGCUCAUUACAAAUUGAUGAGCUCGUAAUCAGUGGAAAAUGUUUUCCAAUGUAAUUAAUUUUGAUUUGCAUUUUAUAGCAUAAAUUAUUCAUUUUACACACUGACCAGGUUUUGCACUUCCUCUACUAUUAAUCAAAUUAUACGAAUAUUUGAUCAACUUCUUUUCCCUCCACAAGUGAGUUUGGUUACGAUAAUUUUUAAUGCAUGCGGGUGACAUUGCAAUGCGACAAGCUACAACUGAAAUGACAAACAAGAAACGAAGAAGAUACACAACUAAACACAGCUGCAGCAGUUGCCAGUUUGUCAGUUUGCCAGCUUAAGCAGCCGCAUGAUUGAUUUGCCAGCCAGCAUUUAUCAACGGUUUAGGAGCAGCUGCUGAAGAUGACGUCGACUCUCUUAUUGGAUGGCAGCAUUGACACUGACCGAGCAAACCUCAAUAACAACCAAGUGGUGACUGUCGACUGUCUGCAACGACCCACAAAACGCUUCAUACGGGCGGGCUGCAGGCGUAUACAAUAAACGAGGCUAAUCUAUUGGAUACUUCACAUAUCAACUUAAAUUAGUCAUAUUUAUAAAUGGCUUUUAAUACAAAAUUGUAACCAGAUUCACUAAGAACGAAUGUUAAUCACUCUUACUAAAAUCUAACUUUUUAU